UUCCUUGCAGGACACCUGAGCCCCACUGCCUGCACCCUGAGGAAGCACAAGACGAAUAGGAAGCCCCGAACCCCGUUCACCACUUCCCAGCUGCUGGCUCUGGAGCGCAAGUUCCGCCAGAAGCAGUAUCUGUCCAUCGCCGAGAGAGCCGAGUUCUCCAGCUCCCUCAACCUCACAGAGACCCAGGUCAAAAUCUGGUUCCAGAAUCGGAGGGCCAAGGCCAAGAGACUGCAGGAGGCUGAGCUAGAGAAGCUCAAAAUGGCAGCGAAGCCCAUGUUGCCGUCGGGGUUCAGCCUCCCUUUCCCCAUCAACUCUCCCAUCCAGGCUGCCUCACUGUACGGAACAUCCUACCCUUUUCACAGACCUGUGCUUCCUAUCCCACCCGUUGGACUCUAUGCUACUCCAGUUGGAUACAGCAUGUACCACUUAUCCUAAGAAGAUCAGAAAGACAAAGUGACAGUGAGACAGACUUCCUGGUGGAUCACGUCCAACCCUGAGAAGGCAGUACACCAACCAGUACUGGCCGUUCCUUCUGCACGCUUCUGUCUGCCAUCCUGAGUGUACGGGAGUUUGCGUUAGCAAAGCAAGGCAUCCUGUAUGCUACGGGUUGGGUGUCUUCUGAGAGUGCUCUGAGCGCUCAGAGUCUGAUCCUCAAAGAAAAAAAAUAUGUAAAAACAAACAGAAAAAAAGAGAAAAAACAUUU